AUGCCCUCUUCACCACCGCUGUGGAGGUCUUGCACUCGGAGCCCUUCGUGUUGGAGGCAACUCUACAACUGUUGCCCUCGUGGUCAGCGCCGCUGGCGCGCGCGGCCCGCUGUGCUGUCCUGGGAGUUCAGCUUCCGGCAGCUUCGCCCAGCGGCUUCCCAGGAGCAUUGGGGGGGCGUGGCGGUGAGCAGACAGCUGGUCCAGUCCGCUCAGUCAGAGCAGCUGCACGCUGGAGGCCCCGGCGGCUCGGAGGCGGCUCUGGCCGCCGCGCUGGCGGAGACGCGGCACAGCGAGUGGUUUCGUGCGGAGCGCGUGGGGCUUCAUGACGAGCUGAAAGGCUAUGAGACGUCGCUGGAGUUCUUCUGCUUGCUCUUGUGGUUCCUAUUGCCAUGGAUCCUUUGGAUGCUGCUCUACCUUUGCAGCGUCAUCUACGUCCAGGUGUCCCUCAUGAGGGAUUGGAGCUUCUACCGCAGGGCGUCCCGCUUCUACGAGGAGCUCGUGAAGGAUGGAACGCGUGAGACCUUGGCGUGCUACGACGCGGAAGACUGGCUGGCCUUCUGCAAGGCCUACUUCCAGAAGACCUGUGGUCUUUGGACUUCGUUGGAUCUCUUCGAAGCCUUCGAACUGCAGGGCCUCCGCCGUGGCUUUCACCGCACCUUUCUAGCGCAGGCGAUGCCUGCGUUGCUGGCACUGCUGCUCGUGCUCUAUGCGCCGGUAUUGCAAGGGCUGGUGGAGCCCUUUCGCUGCGUGCGCCUGGGCGACGAGCCGCUGUGGCGCUCCUUCUUCGCCCCGGAGGUGCAGUGUUGGAGCUUCGAGGUGCCCUUCACGUCUUUGAGCUUCGCUGUGGCAUUGCUUUGGGCUGUCGGGGUGCCGGUGGUGCUGAGCUUUGUGCUGCGCCGAGUAAGGAACAGCCUUCCAGAUGAUUUCGAGUUCCCUCCGGAGUACGCGGUGCUUAGCCUGGGCUACCGCCUGGGUUGCUGGAACUGGGAGAUGUACAUCUUCUUGGUGAAGGCUCUUCUCAUUGGUUCCUCCGUGCUGAGCCCUGCGGGUCGCAGCAGCUUCCUCUUCUUCCUCUCCAUCCUUCAUGGCGCCGUGGUCCGGGCCGUGAGCCCCUUCACGGGGCGCUCGGACUUCGUGCUGCUGCGCUGGGAUCGGCGCUUCGCGCUCUUCUUUGUGCUGAGCAGCAUGCUGGUCCAGGCGCUCCCGUGUGCUUCGAGCGUGGAGUGGGUGUCCCCGAUCUGGACCUUGGGGCUGGUGCUGGUCCUGCUGCUGCUGAACCUCGUGCUGCUGGCGCUUCUGGCGCGAGAUGGAUUUGUUUGCUGGCACGAGACCUAUGUCGAGAGGUAUGAGUUCUAUGAGUGGGAGCUCUGGCAGCGCGCGUCCAGCCGCUGCGGCCCACGGCUCACUCGGCGGCUCGUGCAGAGCCUUCUGAAUCACUACCGGAGGCGCGUGCGAAACCGAGCCUAUGUGAGCUUCGACAUCAAAUUGGGAUGGCUGACGGUCUGUGGAUCUCAUGGCGACCAGGCGCAGGCGACCUGCAACUGGCCCGACGGCAGCGGCCUGCCGGUGCUGCUCUCUGAGGCGCCCUCGGCGCCGCCCGGGAACCGCUCCGUCCGCCCAUCGACGCUGGCGCAGCGGCAGAAGGUGCAGAAAUACCUGCAGACCGCUGCCGAACGCCUUUGCUUGAUCCGAGGUGCGGCCACCUUUAGCGUGGUGGAGCUGGAGUUCCUGAUCCGCGCCGCCUUCUGCUUCGCGCGGCGACAAGAGCUGAGACGCGCUCGGCUCACACAGCAAGUGGGAUUGAUCACCCGAGAGGAGUCCUUCCUCGGGCUGGACGCCCUCACUUUGCUGUGGAACAGCCUAGAUCUGGACGAGGACCAGGGCGACGCCUCCGCGCGGGCCUCCACCUUCGCCCGGCGCACCACGCGCUCGUCCGGAAGCCAGCGUUCCGAGGAGGUCUCGGCCUACAAGCCACUCUCCGAGCGGCUGCGGUCGCGGUACCAGGCGCAAACCAUUUGCGAGUCCUUCUUCAACGAUCCUGGGAAGGUUCUCUUCUUCUACAGCAGAGCCGAGUUCAUCCGACAGGCGGAGCUGAAGAAGACCAAGUCGGCGGAGCAGAACCGCCUUUCGACCAUUCCCACGGAGAGGGCGGCCGCGCUGGACUAUGUGUGGGCACUUCUGCACUACUUGGGCCGCGGGCUUCGCUCGACGCUCCGCAGGAAUCAGGUCGAGUCCACUCCCAGCUUAGAACGCUCCAGCGGUGGAAGUCGAAGAGGCCGCGGGAAGAGAAGCCAUGUGAUGGGAGGUCUUGAUGUGGAACCCAUCAUCCAAGAGAUGUUCAACGAGGAGACCUUCGCACGCGGCCUGGACCUGGAGGAUUUCCAAAUGGGCCUCAUGAUGGUGGAACACACCAAGGACUUGGAGCUGAAACAGCUACAGGAUGCCUUCCACGACCGCUGGUUCCAGCAGAGGCUGGUGGUGGAGCAUGAGUUGCGGAAGCAGCAGGGCGACCUGAAAGAUCAGGCCGUGCAGGCAGAGGCGGACGAAGACAUGUCAGAGAGCUUGGCACAGGAGUCCAUGGAGGCACGCGCCAUGGAGGACGCCGAGGAUUGGCCCACCGUGGAAGAUCUCAGGUGGAUGAGGCUUGUGAUGAAGGCUGGUGGCGGCCUCUUCAAAGAGAAGGUGAUGCCCUCCUUGAAAGAGAUCAACCAGUUGCUGAGGCACCGCCGUGACUUGGGCGACGAUGACAGCUCCAGCAGUGCUCCGGGCGGCGGCAUUUCAGGUGGUGCGAAGCUCAGCAGUGGGGUGCGAACAAGGUGCGGCGUCUCACCGAGGGGCGCAGCCGUGUGGGGAGUUGGGACGAGGAACGUUGAGGAGUGGGGCAAAGGUUCCCGGCGCGGCGCCGCGCCCAAAGUGGCGGACCGGAUUGAAGAGGAGCAGAGGAGCAAAAGCGAAGCGAAAGUGAGACUGGCGAACCGCAGGAGCUGCGCCGUCCUUCACCGCAUGCGCCUCCAGCUCACCAUGACCAUGAAGGUGAAGGAAGAGACCCGGCAGAGGAACGCGGACUUCUACGGUUUGCACGUGCUUCUGGAGCCCAUGAGGGUGACGCUUCAGCCGAGCCACGUGCGGGCGGCCAUGGUCUUGCAAGGGAACAUCGAGCAGCUGUGCUCUCGGAUGACGCCGGCCGAAGUGAAGCCUGCAGUGGGCCGAGGCUCCACGGUGAAGCCGGUGGUGUCGCCCUAUCCGUGGAAGGGACAUCUCAAGGUGAGCCUGCCGGUCUUGCGCUUGGGCUUCUUAGCCUCGCCCGAGGAGCCGGAGGGUUGCGUGCUGGUCGUCGAGGCCUUCACGGCGGACGCGCGCGUGGAGAUGGGCACCUCCAUCGGCGUGGAGACCAGCAGCCCGGCCGAGCAGGCGGCGGCGGCUGCCGCUGUGGCGGCGGCCUCGGCGGCCGCCAGCCGCGGGCGCUCCAAAGCGCGGGCGGGGCCUCAGGCAGAGGCGGCCAAGGCCGCGCUAGCCUCGGCGGCCGCCGCGGCCGCGGCGACCCCCGAGUGCGAGGAGCCGUCGGCGUCGGUGGACUUCUGCUUACAACUGCAAGCGCAGGUGGGCGCCCUCUACGCCGACGUCGUGUCCGCCGCCGGGCCUGAGGAACAAGAGAUGCCCUUGAUGGAGCCCACAUUGAUCGAUCUUCAGGUGCCGCCGUACCAGGCUCCGGAAACGACGGUCCCAAAGGUCUGGAACAAGCGGGAGCUGUUGCAGGCCUUCUGCCCUCAGAUCUCGAUCACCUGGGUGAACCUCCACGCGAGCGAGGUCACCGCGGCCGUCGUCGCCCGGCUCUACAGUUGCUUUGAAGCCGCGCGGUUCUACAAGCGUCGCGGUGGCUUUUCCCUGCAGAUGGAGGAAGACCAGUUGGAGAUUGCGCGCGAGAGGACGGGAAAGCAACGAGGUGUACAGAGCCUGCGCAAUGCGUUGGGCUUUUCAGUGGUCCUAGCCGUGCCGCAGAAGUCGGAGCGGAGGCACAGCCGGAUGAUCGCCCGCUUGGGCAGCGAGGACCCUAUGGGCCAUGGCAUCGCGGUGGAGGUGGCCAAGCGCCGGGCCAAUCACGUGGCCAAGCGCGCGUCUCGAUCUUUGGGAAAGAGGCAGCAGCGCAUCCAGAGGAGCAGGACGGCCCUGCUCGCGGACUCGGCCGUGCCCAAGGAGCGGAAGAACCCGGUGCGCUCGAUGCUGCCAGUGAUUGCGAAGGCCGAGGACUUCGUGGCCGGCGCCAAGCAGGUGGCGAAGGAUGCGGUGCGAGACACGGUGAAGCGCUCCAAUGAGGUCUUUAAGGAGCUCCGAAAGGCCGCCGCGGCGGAGAACGUCUCCAGAGAGGUGGAGGAUAUGGAUGAGCUUGGGCAGGUGGCACGAGGACUCCGUGCCCCUGGGGCCGACGCCCUAGGCCUCAAGGAGAACUUUGGUUUGGCCUUGCUGCCGGGCUGGCCCGUCGCCCAACUCCAAAGUGCCUUCCGGCACCGCGCGCGGCAGUGCACCGUGGUCGACUUGCCUUUGCUGCCGCCCUUGGCCUUCGCCUCGGCGCAGCGCGAGUCGCUGGCCUCCUUGGGCCUCGCGGCGCGCGAGACGCUGUCGGGGCGGGACCUUGAGCAGCGCAACCUGCGGCUGAGCAGCCAGAGCCGCCUGAGCCGCUUCUCGCGCAGCUCGAGGACCUCCGAGCUCACGGAGGAGCUGAAGUCUCAGACCACGGAAGUCACCGAAGGGAAGAGCGAGGGACCUGAGGAGGCGCUCUACAUGGAUGAGGACGCCGAUGGGACGACCUCGGACUACUCGAGGUCCAACAGUGGUUGGAGUGUGCCAGAUGAUGGGGAGGAUUCUGCAGAUGGCUCGGGCCCCAGCGGACCGAGCUCUCCGGGCAUCGCCCCGGAGCCGCCGAAGCGCGGCAGCCGCGGCAGCCAGCGAAGCAUGACGAGCGGUCUGUGGCUCCUCAACCGUGCCAGUGGCGACUUUGACGAUCUGCGCACCACCGCCAAGAAGAAGUUGCAGAGGAUGAAUACCUCGGUGCAGGCCUUUUCCCAGGCGGCUGCGGGGUAUGCCUCCGAGGCCGCGGCCAAAGCGGUGAAUAAGGUGAAGAACUUCGCGUUGCAGAGGAAGCUGCGCGGCAUGGGACGGCGGGAGUUCACCAGCCGGGUCUUGGUGCGCAAGGUCGUCCCCGGUUCUUCUGGGGGACCCCUCCUUGCUCGGGAAAUCCCUGGUGGCCAAAACACCCGGGACCUCGCCAUGCGCUGUCCGGAGCUGGGCGCGCUCGUGGCUUCUGCACUGAUCGCUGGCAGCAUGUUCCUCUUCACCAGCCUGGUGAAGGACGCAUUUCCACCCUUGAGCCUGGUGAUGUUCCGCAUGCUGCUGGGCAGCGCUGGGCUCCUGGCUGGGACUGCGAGCGCACAGGCCAUGGGCUGGCAUCGAUCCUCGUCUCCGGCACGGGAGGAGGUGCUCUACCUGUGCGCGAUCGGUGCGAUGAACACCGUGCUGCCCUACACGCUCUAUGCCGCUGCCUUGGGCAAGGGCGAAUCCGUGAGCUGCGCCUCCGCUUUGGCGGGCGCAACCCCUGUGUUCGCAGCCGGGCUGAUGGCGCUUAGUGGCAAGCUGACGCUGCAGACGGAGGGGCCAGGCUUGCUGCUGGGCUUGCUGGGCGUGCUUCUCAUCGUCUUCCGCCGGGGGCGCUGGUCCCACGGCAGCUUCCAGGGUGUAGCCCUGCAAGUGCUCGGCGUCUUCUUCAAGGCCUCUGCGGCCUGCUUAGCUGGGGCGAAGAAUGCCAGGAAAGACCUCAAGGCCUCGGUGCUGCUGCAAGCACUCCUCCAAGCGCUCUGUGGCGCAGCUUUGGCGGCUGUCCUCUCCUUGCUCUUGGAUGCUCGGGCGCAGACGCCACAUUGGUUAGACCCCAAAGAUCUCAGCCAUGGUGGCUAUGGCUUCUUGUUUUCGGUGACCUCUCAGCAAUGGCUCUGCCUGGUGGCACUCUCUUUGAUGGGGAGCUGCGUGGUCUAUCUCCUUCAGUUCUUCCUUUUGGCGCGGGUGGGCGCGGUGCGUCAAACCUUAAUGGAUCAGCUCGCGCUGGUCAUUGGUGUCGUGGAAGGAGGGCUCUUCCGCGGUGAAUGGCGCGACGCCUCUUUUUCCGAACUCUUGACCUUCCUCUUUGGCGCUGCCUGCGUACUGGUGGCGACCGCCCUGCUCUAUCAUCCAAGCCAGUUGAAUCAUCGCACGAGGAGCAGCUGCACCUGCGAGGACGCUAUCAGCUUGGAGACCAUGGCCAGUGAGGCCAUGCUGCACAGCGGAUGA